AUGACAUCUUCUGAAACACCAUCAUCACAACCACCAUCUCAAGAAGACUCUUCAGCUCAAAGUUUUGUUCAAACUAAUGUUAGAGGAAAGACUGUUGAUGCUCUUUGUUGUAUGGGUGCUAGAUAUAAGCUUCCUACUAUGCAUGCCCUUCGUGGUAAUUUGUUAAAUAAGUGGGUUGAUGACGUGAAGAUACAGAUAGAGCAAUAUUGUUCAAUUUGGAAGGAUACAAGUUGUACUCUUAUGUUUGUUGAUGCCUCUGGUGCUUCUAAAACUGCAUACACAUUGUUUAAGCUUUUCAAGGAAGUAGUGUUGUAUGUUGGCCAGGAAAAUGUUGUUAAAAUCGUUACAGAUAAUACUGUGAAUUAUGUUGUUGUUGGAAAGUUGUUGGAAAGGGAGUUUCCUAAGUUGCUUUGGCCUCCUUGUGCAACACACUGUGGAAGAGAAAUACUCCGUCCUGGUCCAACCCGCUUUGCUACUAAUUUUAUUGCAUUGCAAAGUAUUAUGUCUCAUAAAGAUGCAUUAAGAGCCAUGGUAAAAUCCAAAGAGUGGACAACCACAACUUAUUUCAAAUAUGUCAAGGCAAAGGAAUUUGUGGAACAAGUCUUAGACUCAAGAGUUUGGUCUAAAUAUGCUGACAUAGUGAAAAUUACAGAACCUCUUGUACAUGUGUUGCGUAUUGUUGAUAGUGAAGAUAAACCGGCUAUGGGAUAUCUCUACCGAGUUAUGUAUAAAGCAAGAGAGGAGAUUGAGAAGGGGUUUAGAAGAAAUAAGUUGAAAAUAGAGCCUUAUUUGAAGAUCUUGGAUAGGAAUGUCAAUUUGCAUCUGUUAACAGGGAUCCCCGUGGGGAUUAUCUGCUCAGUGCUCUGA